AUGGCUGCCGACAGCAAGCCUAAGCUGCCCCAAGAUGGCCAGGAGAACAUCCUCGUCACCAGUGCCCUCCCUUACGUCAACAACGUCCCGCAUCUAGGCAACAUCAUCGGCAGUGUCUUGUCCGCCGAUGUGUUUGCGCGCUACUGCCGGGCCAAGGGUCUGCAGACCCUCUACGUCUGCGGCUCCGACGAGUACGGUACCGCUACCGAGACCAAGGCUCUGGAGGAGGGCGUCGACCCGGCCACGCUGUGUGCCAAGUACCACGCCGUCCACAAGGAGAUCUAUGACUGGUUCCGCAUCGAGUUUGACGUCUUUGGUCGCACCCCGACGCCCGAGCACACCCAGAUCGUCCAAGACAUCUUCAGCAAGCUCUGGAAGAAUGGUUUCAUCGAGCAACAGGAGACGGUUCAGGCCUUCUGUGCCCGCCCGGAGCACAACACCUUCCUGGCGGACCGUUUCGUUGAGGGAGAGUGCAGUCUGUGCCACUACACCGGCGCUCGUGGCGACCAGUGCGAUGCGUGCGGUAACCUCCUCGACCCCAUGGAGCCGGACAAGGACGCAAGCGCCCCAGCAGAUGACGACACUCAAAAGGCCACGGGAUGGCUGAUAAACCCCAAGUGUAAAGUCGACGGUUCGACCCCUGAGAAGCGCAGGACGAGGCACUUGUUCCUCCGGUUAGACGCGCUGCGGGAUGAGAUUGUAUCAUGGCUCAAAGAAUCCGAAUCGGGCUGGAGCUCCAACUGCGUUUCAAUCACUCAUUCUUGGAUUGACAAGGGAUUGAAGCCGCGUGGUAUUUCACGAGACUUGAAGUGGGGUGUCCCCAUCCCCAAGGGCUUGGAUGGUCUCGAUGAGGAAGAGUACGCAAGAAAGGUCUUUUAUGUUUGGUUCGAUGCAUGCAUUGGAUACCCGUCAAUAACCAAGACAUAUACGGACAAGGACAACCUUGACGGUAAAAAUUGGGAGAAGUGGUGGAAGAACCCUGAAAAUGUGAAAUUAUACCAGUUUAUGGGCAAGGACAACGUUCCUUUCCACACCAUCAUAUUCCCUGCUUCACAACUUGGUACUAGGGAGUCAUGGACCAAGGUCAACCACCUUUCUACAACAGAAUACCUCAACUACGAGGGUGGAAAGUUCAGCAAGUCGAAGGGUGUGGGUGUGUUUGGUAACACAGCCCAGUCAACCGGGAUCGACCCCGACGUUUGGAGAUACUACCUGCUAUCAAGGCGUCCUGAGAGCAGCGACUCAGAGUUCAAAUGGGAAGAGUUCAUUGACGCCAACAACAACGAUUUGCUCAAGAACUUGGGCAACCUCGUCCAGCGGGUGGUCAAGUUUGCCCACGCCAAGAUGGGUGCCAAGGUUCCCGAAUAUGCAAAGAAAGAGGUCCCGACGUUUGACCAACACAAGGCCGAGGUCAACAAGCUGCUCCAGGAUUACAUCUCCAAUCUCAAGGCAACCAAGCUGAGGGCAGGCCUCGCUACGACUAUGCUGAUAUCUGCCCUUGGAAACAAGCUGUUGCAGGAUCAUAAGCUCGGAAACCAACUUUUGGAUGAAGACCCUGAGCUCUGCAACGGUCUCAUUGCCCUCGCCCUCGAUCACCUCUACCUUAUCGCCAGUCUUCUGUUCCCAUAUAUGCCCGGUACGGCCCGGUCUAUCCUUCGCCAGAUCGGUCUGCAAAAGGGCGACGAAAGCCAAGACUCGGCCUUCCGUAUCCCUGAGGUCUGGAAGGGCGAUAGCCUGACACCCGGCACGCCGCUCGGCGAGCCCGAGCGUCCUUUUGCGCAGAUCCCGGCGUCCAAACUGGAGGAGUGGCGGGAGGCUUUCGGUGGCGAAGAGCUUCGCAAGCAGAAGCAGAUGGAAGCUGAGAAGGCCGCGGCCAAAAAGCUGGCCCGCGAGAAGGACAAGGAGAAGAAGCGCCUCAAGAAGGAGGCCGCCAAGGCCGCUGCCGCUUCCGGUGGUGCCACUACUGGCGGCGGUCCCGGCUCCACGCCCACGGAUCUGCCCCUCAGACCGGCGGCCAGUGCCGGUGGUGCGCCUGCUCCGGGCACCCCUGCCGCCGAGGGCACGUCGUCACAGCUUGAGAAGGCUGUGGAGCAGAAGACCUGA